UCCGUGCCCCGCGCGCCAUGGCGAAACUGCUGAUGCUCACCAUCGCGGGGCUGGCGCUGGCCCUCCUCAGGGACCACCGCUCUUCCUACCAAAAACGACUUAAUGCUUUCCGUGAAGUAACACCAGUGGAACUUCCUAACUGUAAUCUUGUUAAGGGAAUAGAAGUGGGUGCUGAAGACUUGGAGAUACUACCGAAUGGACUGGCUUUCAUUAGUACUGGAUUAAAAUUUCCCGGAAUAAAGAGUUUUGCACCUGAUAAGCCUGGAAAAAUACUCCUGAUGGAUCUAAAGGAAGAUGAUCCAGCAGUGUUAGAGCUGAAAAUCAUAGGAAAUAAAUUGGAUUUAUCUUCCUUUAACCCUCAUGGGAUUAGCACUUUCACCGAUGAAGAUAAUACUGUGUACCUGCUGGUCGUAAACCAUCCAGAUUUCAAGUCUACAGUGGAGUUGUUUAAAUUUCAAGAAGAAAAAUCACUUUUGCACCUGAAAACCAUUCAACACAAACUUCUGCCUAGUGUGAAUGAUAUUGUGGCUGUAGGACCAGAACACUUUUAUGCCACAAAUGAUCACUACUUUGCUGACCCAUACUUCAAGUCCUGGGAGAUGUACCUGGGUUUAGCAUGGUCAUACGUUGCUUAUUACAGUCCAGAGGGCGUUCAUGUGGUGGCAGAAGGAUUUGAUUUUGCAAACGGAAUCAGUAUCUCACCUGAUGGCAAGUAUGUCUAUAUAGCUGAGUUGCUGGCUCACAAGAUUCAUGUGUAUGAAAAGCAUGCUAAUUGGACUUUAACUCUACUGAAGUCCCUUGACUUUGACACACUCGUGGAUAACAUAUCUGUGGACCCUGUGACAGGGGACCUUUGGGUUGGUUGCCAUCCCAAUGGAAUGAGAAUCUUCGUAUACGACUCGGAGAAUCCUCCUGCCUCAGAGGUGAUUCGAAUCCAGAACAUUUUGACAGAGCAACCCAUAGUCACAGUGGUUUACGCAGACAAUGGGAGGGUGCUGCAAGGCUCCACGGUCGCCUCUGCGUACAGAGGGAAACUGCUCAUCGGCACAGUGUUCCACAAGGCUCUCUACUGUGAGCUCUGACAGCCUGGUGCCUGAGAGAGAGCACACACCGGCCAGCUGCCCGCUUCUGAGGGGCCACAGAAACCCCGAGAAAGGGCAGUGACGCUGCAUUUGGAUGUUAGGAGGCGGGAGUGCUGAUUACCUGGGAGCAGAUGUGGAGAGCCAGGCACUUGGAGGGUUCAUUUUCAAAUUAGCCUUGGAAUACCUGAAAACCUCAUUUGCCAAUAAAAUGAUCCUUUUCAUUAAAA